AUGUACACAGCUGAGCAGCUAUUGGCAGAUGCCGCAAGCUAUCAGCAGGCUUUCGCAAAGCGAAGUGCUGAUGAGCUUCCGCAGGCAUGGGAUGCAUUCAAUCGGUACAUGUCGGAAGUUGUUGGAAAGAAGCAGACCUUGAACAUUUCGAAUUUUUGUCGAAUUGGCUGGAAAGUUGAGGAGGGGCUGCACCAAGCACAAAUGAGGCCGCACUUCAACAUUUCGGAGGUCUUCGCACGAAGUUGCAGAGCUGAUCCACGAUCACAGAUUCAGGCGCCAGUCCAGAGUCUGACCUUCAUGGAGGAGCCAGAGCCCUGGUACCAGCUUUGGCAAGGGGCAUUGACCUUAAGACCAUUUUUACAGAGCUUUCCCACUGGUUGGAAUUCCGAAUUGCUUCUUUCUCGCAAGAACGUCGCAUGGAGGUUCAACUUCAGUGACUUGGCUGAAAUGUAUCAGUAUCCGCGAGCCCCGCUGCUGCACUUAGCGGCCGCGUCCAACUUGCCGCAACCGACGGCCCUCCCUUGGCAUUGGUACUAUGGCGGGCCUGAUCAGAUUCGCACCGAUUUCGGGCAUCUUCUAACAGGUUAUGAAAGGUCUGUGCAUCCUUUUCCAGAUUCGAUAAUGCAGCUCAGCAAUACGGGCGGAGGAGGUCGAGGGAGUGACGAAGGAGAUGUGGUAGGCGGGGUGAUUCUACAUGAUAAGAAACCAUACUGGAGACGAGGAGGCCAGUUCCACUACCACCAGACAUUGGAUGCAGGUGAGAACACUCUGGAAGCAGUGCUUGCUCGUGAAAUGAUUCGAAGUCUUACAAGCACCGGGGGUCGAUUCAGCGCAGAAGACUUCCGGCAGAGGUACAUUGACUUGAUGACCACUCCAGGUACCCACAAUGAUACUUAUGCAUCAACCUGCCAUCGGAUGUUUUUCAAGAAGUGGCGCUCAGGGGUCGCACCAGAAAAGUGUCCGGAUAAUGAUGGCCACAACGUUGACACUAUGGAUGGUUUGGUCCUGCCAAGCGUGGUUGCACUGGCUGCCUUGGUUCGCGGCGAGAGCCUAGAAGAUGCUGCCAAGCAAGGAAGCGAGGCACUGGCAGUGACGCGUGCUUCGAGAGUCCUACCUCAGUAUGUCCAGAUCAUGACACAGUUUCUCAGCAAGUUGCUGCGCCAUGCUCCCUUGGAGAACGCCGCGCAGCAAAUCGCUGAAGAGGUAUAUGGCAGCAACCUGUCAGCUGUUCACAGAGAGGCAGAUCCAGCCGGACCCCAGGGAGCUGAUGGACCUUUGUGA